AUGAGCAGUCUGGAAAUCUUCACCUGUCCUGUGGUCGUUGCUGAUUCCAGGCAAAAGCUCUCCCCUGAGAAGAAGGCCGAUGAACAGAAAAGUCACUGCAGAGUGGAACUGGCAAGGACUUUUGUUGACACAAAGGCACCAAAUGCUCAGCCCCACCACUACUUCAAAGUUUCCAAAAUUCAGGAAGCCCAGAAGAGGAUUAGUCUGAUUGAGAGAGAAAACAAAAGCCUCUCGGCACGUCUGGCUGACAUAUAUCGUGGGUCAGGCAUGGUAGACUGCUGGAACCAGUAUGUAAAGAAGAGCCCACUCCGACAGCAGCACAACAGGGAACUCGUGAGGAUCACUGUGGAGAACCAGGGCAUCUUGAAGAGGAUCAGAGAUCGUAAGCCGACCUACGAUCGGAAGCAGUCCGAGAUAGAUUGGCAGAAUUCAAGGAAGUAUCUUAGGCAAAGCACCCGCUUUCUACUUUCAUCCCACAGUUAG